AUGUUCGAUUAUCUUUAUUCAAACAUCCGAUUUACUGGUUCUGCUCUUACAGAAAAACCAUAUCCUCCUCGUAACUUGAGAGCUGAAGAUGUUGCCAGUCGUUCUGUCAAGGUUUCCUGGGAUCAGCCCUAUAGCGGAAACUUGCCCAUAACGGGUUACCUGUUGAUGUACAGAAAACACACGGAUCGUGAGACCGAAACCAAAACCAAGUCCAUCCCUAGCACCAAAACGACAACCACCAUUCAUGGAUUGUCCCCUCUGACAAACUACAAUUUUGAAAUCGUCGCAGAAAACUCACUAGGUCGUGGUAACCCUAGUCGGAAUCUAGCUGUGCAGACAAAGGAGGAAGCACCUGCAACGCCACCUGGAGACGUUCGAGUUCAGCCUGUAAGUUCUCGAACUUUAAAAGUCUCGUGGAAGCCUCCAGCAUUUCUGGAUGAUCACACCGUUGUAGAGGGCUAUUAUCUUGGAUAUAAGAAAAUAAGUGUCCCAUCCAAAACUUAUAUUUACAAGACAUUGGCUUCUCAAGGACCAGUACAAGAACAGGUCUAUGAACUGACGUCACUAGAACGUGCUACCAAAUACGCCAUUCACGUACAAGCUUACAACAAUGCUGGCACAGGCCCUGCAUCGAAGGACGUUAUUGGUCAGACUCUAGAAUAUGGUAAAAUUACAGUUAUGUUGAUCGAGGUCGCCAUUAAUCAUUAAAUAUGUGACAAUUAUACUUAAAACAACAAAAUUAUUCUAGACACCAAAUCUAUGUCAGGAUAUCUUCAGCUAUUAAUUUAAAAAAAAUAAUUAAUUUUCUUCUUGGUGUUUAUGUGUUAUAGUAAACUAUAUAGACAUAGUCCCAGUUCAGUAGCACUUGGUUAUAAUACUUAAUUAACACCUGAUGUCCGUUGUAAAACUUAAUUAACACUUGAUGUCCGUGGUAAUUAUUAAUUAACACAUGAUGUCCGUUGUAAAACUUAAUUAACACCUGAUGUUCGUAGUAAAACUUAA